AUGUCCUAUUUUAGAAUGACCGACGUUUUCGACGCCACAGGCCCCACUUCCGAGUUUGAAAUUGCCUUUUUCGGCUUCUCCGCUCUCGGUUUCAAUGAUUCAGGUGCUUUUAAUUCAGAAAAAAAAAAUUUCAUUCGUUUAAAUUAUUCCAGUGUACAACGCUGCGGUUGAGGCGUGGGAGACGGUUUGCACAGAGGAAUUCAAGAAUAAUCCCAAGUUGAAAGGGGUUGUUAAAUUUAAAAAACAACAAAAAAAUUUUGAAUUUCAGUUGCCGAAAGAUUUGCGUCUGAAUUUCGCCACAUUUCCUUUCAAAGACGCCCAAAUGAAGCACACUUUUGAGCGAUUUAUGGUUUAAAAUAGCAAUUUUCAAUAGAGUGAAUAUAUUUUUCAGCAUUUCUGCGCCACGACUCAUUUCCGAAUUCCGACUAGCGUUGUCCUUGAAGAACAUGUUAGUUUCCUGCUCAGAAAAUGAUGGAAAAAAAGUUUUUCAGCUUCAAAUGCACCGAACAAUGUGUGAGAUUGAGUCGGGGAAAAUGAGUAGCGAAGAUAUUUUGACGUGUAAUCAAGAGUACAAUCGUAUGCUGGAACAUGUUCGAGAGGUUGGUUUUCGAGAGUUGAACAUAUGAUAUCAAAUUUUCGCCUCGAGACCUUUGUAAAUUUUUUAAAGGCAUAGGGGCAGUAAAAAUUGGGGUUUCAGGUGAAAGCAGUAUCUUAUAUAGUUUUUCUUUGCGAAUCGAAUGGUGUACUCAAAACAAUUACAGGUGUGACAACUUUAGAAGAAAAACGCGAUUUUACUUUCCCGCCUUUAAUUUUGAAAAAAAGCUUUGGAUCGGUAUGCAGACAACUGUUUACAGUAGCAGUGCACGCGACGUUGCGGACGUCUCGUUAGACUCGCAUUUUGUGAGAAAUAACCGGAUUUCUGCUUAAAAUUAGGGGUUUCUUCUCUGAAAAAAAUCGAUUAAGAAAAACAGAAAAACACACAUUGAUAAUAAACAAAACACAAAAUAUCGCAAUCUCAAUCGAAACCUGUGUAAAAUCAUCAUUUUUUUCACCAGAAAAAGCAUUUUUUGCGAUCAAAGUUUGCAAUUUAUACAUGAAUAGAAAGCUUUUGUGACGAAAAGAACUUAGGUGACAACAGAAAAAAUUGAAAAUUGAAAGAAACGAAGAAAAAAGCGAAAAUCCGGAAGAUGGCGAAACCUGUUGUCCAUAGAGUAACUUUACUGCAAAGCGCCCUUUCCGCGGGAACUCAACCUUUCCUCUCUCCGACUUUGAAUUUAUUUUCUCCAAAACUAGGAACUUCUGUACGUUUCCAAGUUCACCGUUCGAUUCACAAUGAAAAACUCUACAAAAUACUGCUUUGAACUGAAACACCGUUUUUUACUGCCCCUAUGCCUUCAAUGCUCCUUUUUAUGAAAAAUAUCUAUGAACACUUUUGUCAAUUUUAGUGUUGAAAACUGCUCUUCACCGUUUCAGCAUGAACAAAUCCAAUAAUAUGGAAUAAAGAAGGUAAUUUGCAUCAAUUUGAAGCUUCGAACGAAGUUGGCGAAAUUGGACGACGAACUGGAGGAGUUGAACGCGACGAUCUCCGUUCUGCACCAUUUGGAGAAGGCCCGAGAGCAGUUGAAGUUUGCCGACUCGUCGCGGUUUUCGCCGAGUCCCAUCCUUCAACGCGACUCUCCUAUUUGAGGGCCUUUUUUCAUUUGUAAUUUUUUGGUCUGCUCAAGGUUUAGACAGUUUCAGAAAUUCAAAAACAGAAGUUUCUAGAAAAUAAUUUAUUAAGGUUUCAAAGUUCUUAAAGGUCCUAUGUACCUGAAUUCUGAGCGGUUCCAUAGUGUGGACGUUGAAAUUUACAUAUUUAGGUGGUUUUCGCUUUUUAAUACCACUUUCAAUCAAAAAUAAAACAUGAGGACCUUGCCAUAAGUUUUUUUUUUUCAUUUUAUGAAGAACCGUCCUAAUUGACUUUUGCUUCGCUUUUUUAAAAUUUCUACUUGUAUUCUAACUCUGGAUUUUUUAACCUCAAAUCUUUCUUGUCUAACUAUUUUCAAGCUUUCUUUUUUUCAACCCGUUUUUGUUCAUCAAGAUGCUAUUAUUUCAUGUAUUUCUUACACAAAAUGAUUUCAAGCGUAUAUUUUAAGAUAUUACUUUUUCCUAUGGAAUCUCCUUCUAACUAUCAGUCAAUGUGUACUUUUGAUCCUUCCGGCCAAGCUAAUUUUUCUGGAAUUCAGUUUUUCGUCGUCAAUAAAAUUGACUUUAUUUUCGACUUCCAAGCAUAUUUUUCGAGUUGAAUUUUUCCUUCCGAUUGAAUAUUUUCUAUUAAAAGAUCGUCAGAGUGAAGAAAAUAUGUUUUCAAAAAUCACCUCGUCGCAUUUGGAAUGGCUCUGAGAGCUGCGGUCACGUGGCAGUCAUUCAUGGUCGAAACGCGAAAAUCGGUUUUUGUCGGGCGCAUCUUCGUUAUAACCGGCAAAAAUGUAGUUCAAGACGAGGUUUUUUCAAAAUUCUUUUUUGGAAAGCUCAAAAAGAAAAUUAAAAACAAAAUUCCCGACUAUUUCUGUCACACAAAAGCGCUGGAAAGUGUUUCAGAGCAAAAGUAUUAAAUGAGAAAACAAGCAAAUCCAUCAAAAAGGGACGCCUCAAGGGAUUUGGCCGAGAGACAGACGAUUGUAUUUCACGCGAAGCAAUGACUUCCGACUGACGUUCGACCUCUUAUGAAGUUCUCAAUUUUUGAUGUUUCAUAUUUUCAGUGUUCCCUUAAAUGUUUCAUAAUUAAGGAAUUAAGGAUGUGAAAAACUAGUUGUGUACUUUACAAAAUAUUAAAUCGGUAAAAAUAUUUUAUUGAACAUUUUUCGCGCGUUUAUCAGCUUUCGUGAUUCUAGUAGUCACUUAAAAGAUAUGAUAAGUUAAAGUUUGUCAUAACUGAAUUAUUAUGUCUGAUUGCUGGAGAAAUACUUUGAAAAGCAACAUUUUUACUUUUUUCCCUAUCUGUUUCCAUUUUCAGCGUUUUCGAGAGAACUUUUUCUCGCCAAGUAUAUUACAGUUAAUCUUUCUCACGUCUUGAUCCUAUUGAACUUUUUUUUCAGACGUUUUUGAAUCUUUGAUUUCUUUAAAAGUAGUUCUAGGAAUUUCUUAUGAACAAAAAAAGGAAACCGAUUAAAAGUUAAGCUUUCUAUUCUGAAGAUUUAUGCAUGAAUAGAAGAAAGAAGAAUACCUAUCCGGGCAGAUUUCUAAAGAUUUUUUCUAGCUAUUCGAGGUUUAUUUCAAAGGAUCGAGAACACAUUUUUCUUACUUUUGAGUGAAAAACUAUGAUGGACUUGAUUUGAAGCUCUUUUUUCUGUCAGAAAGUAUAGAGGAACUUGGAUUGCCUCCAAAAUGCCUACAAAAAUGACAUCAAGCCCUACGGUAUUUUGGUUACGGUAAUAAUAAAGCUUCCAAAAGCUUGACUUUUCCAAGUUUUUUCAAAGCUUCAAUUAUUCUCAAUGACGUCAUUAUCUUCAAGGGAAUGCUCUUUUUUAUCUUUAUCCCCCCGCCCCCCAUUUUUUUCAAUUUAUUUCCAUUCGCGCCCAUUUCAGCGCUCUAUUUUUCCACACCGCCGUCGCAAUUAUCCACACACAAAAAGCAAAUUUUUCCGCCGUUUUUGCCUUUUUUCUCUUUCUUUUUCUGGUUUUGAUGCAUCAGCGGCAUUCUUUUCGCAAAAAAGCAUUUAUAACUAGGCUAAUUUAUUGGCUGAUUUUAGUGGGAAUCUAAAAAUCCACAUACAUUUUUUAUUUGUCUUUUAAAUGUUAUUGGUUAAUUUAUCACAAAGUUUGAGUUUAAACGAAAACAAUUUUUUCAAAUAGAAGAAAUUUCGAUACUAGUUUAGAAUCAGACAUUUUUACAUUUUUCCAAAGUAAUUUCAGAAAAUUUAUAAACUGGGAACUUUUGGGGAGCUUGAUCUAAAAAGUACGUAUCUGUAAGCUUUAAAGUUAGGAUAAGAUCUAACCUACAUAGGCAAUGUCGGAAGGACCCUCCGAGGGUCCGUAAAAGACCAUAGAAAUGUUCCUUUUAGGAUGAUGAAGGCUCUCUUUUUGCUGCCUUUUUGCACCAUUUUCUCAGCCCUUGUGCACCAUUUUUGCUGCCUCUCCCUUUCUCCACCAUUUCUCGAGCCUUUAAAAUCCCAGAAAAAUGGAAGGCUCGAUAAAGGGAGUCUCUGUGCUGCCGUUCGCUGCCUUUUUGCUGCCUGUCUGCGGCCUUUUUUGAGCCUCACCCUUUUAGCAGCCAUUAUACACCAUUCCGACUUUGCCCGAGCUACAAGAUUUUGAUUACGGUGUUUAGAAAAUCAAAUUAAGGUAUUCAGAAAACUAGAAAAAGAAUGAAUGAUCUUUGUCGUAAGAAGUUUUAGAAGACGUUUUGUAUAUACGUAUCUAUAAAUGCAUUUCUAAUCUUAGACUCUAAAAAUAGGCAAUGAGCAAAUAAAAAUAGCUUUACUCAAUCCCCAUUUACUUUUUCUUCCUUUUCAAACAGAGAAGGAGAGAAAAAAAGGACAGAACGUGGGCGAAGUGGCCUCGGGCGCCUUUUUCUUCUUUUUUUUUCUGUCCACACACCAAAUAAUAAGAUUUGAGGGGUUCUACCCACUUUUUUUUGGCUUUCUCUAUUCUCUUUGACAAUGAUGUGCUUCGCUGAAUGCAAGGAUUCUUUAGAGUUUGGACUGGGAAUUUUUUUUUUGAGCAUUUUACUUCUGGAGACUUUAAUUUUAGCUUCAAACAGACCACGAAAACUUUUUUUACACGUCUGAAGUUACACAUUUUUUCACGAUUUUCCUUUCUCAGGUUUAAUUUUGCAUUUUCUCAUACCGUUUGUAUCAAUUUCAAAUUUUUUGGAUUUCGAGAAAUUUCCUUCAAAAACAGUCGAUGAACGGGCUCCAUUGAACAUAUUUCGUAGUGAAAAUGAUAUAUAUUCUGAAUGAAACGUAUCCGAAAAAGCUUCCACUUUUCUUUUUUUCUUGAGGCAAAAGUCGCUUGCGUCGGUCUCUCUUCAGACAUUCAUAGGAGUCUAUGAUUAUCCUGCCCAGAUGGGGAGAUGCUCGGAAUUGUACUAUUUAUGAAUAAAGUCUUGAGAAGAACUUAAUCAUAGACCUGAAAAACGCUAUAAUUUUCUCGAAAUUUGAAUUUUUUGAAUAUUUUUUCCAUGAAACUAUGGUCGUAUUUAGAAUGGCUCAUCUGGACGUUCAGAGAAUCUUGGAAAAAAUGCCAUCAAGCGUAACUCGUUUUGAGUCGGAUGCGCCUUGGAGCAAUCGCUAGAAGUCAUUCCAAAAGCGAUCCUCGGUGAUGAGAAUUUAGAAGAUGUCAAAAAUGACAUUGAAAGCCUGAAAGUCAUAAAUUAGAGGAAAACUGGAAUUUUUCGAAGUUUUUCCCAUUUUUUCUUCAUUUUGAUAAUUUCUCACUUCUUAGGAACCUUCUUUCAGAAGUUCUGUAGAACUUGAAACUAGGAAUUUUCAAUUCAAUACAAUUUUGAACAUAAAUUUUUCUCCCAAAAGGAAUUUAUUUACAUGAUUUAUUAUUUCACAACACGUCUUCUGAAGCUUGAAACCAUAGAUCCUAAUAGUAAUCAACAUGUUUCUCGAGUUGAAAUAUUCAUCAGAAAAUAGGAACUUGGACGGGAACCAGAUCCCGUCCCACUCCUCCGUAAUUUCCCGCCUGAAAAAUUCAUAAUUCUCACGUGCCUUUUCUUCGUUUCUAUUGAAUAAUUGGUUCAUGGCGUAACGGUUUGGGCAUUAGACUGUCGAUUGAGGGACUCAAGUUCGAAGCCCCUUGUCAUUUUUAUUUUUUUUUCCCCCGAUGAGUUGAGAAAAUUCAGAAAUCACGUUAUUUUUUAAAAAGUUCAAUUAUUCUUGCUUUACAUGCCUUUUUUUCAAAACUUUUUCAAUUCUGUGCUCAUGGGGCAACAUAUAGAAAGAAAAUGGUCAUUUUGAAGACCCUGGUUCAAAUCCUCUCCCUCUUUUUGUUAAUAAAAAAGUUAUGUGGGCGAUUUUCAUCGGCGAAAACCGGAAAGAAAAUUUACUUUUUUUUCAUUUAUUCAUAUCCGCCUUCUGGAGUUUUUUUACACCAAUGUCAUUUCCCUUUUUUUCCUGGUUUGUUGGACUUUUUCAAUUCUUUUUCGAUAAAAGUAUGCCCAAUGAACCCUUGACCAGCCAUUUCGUAUAGAAGUUUCUCAGAAAAUCUUUUUUGGCCCAAGGCAAAAAAUAUUAAGUUUUCGUUUGCCCAGCCUCAUAUGGUCACAUUUUAUUGGAUUUUCAAGAACUGAACAGGUUUUUCGUUCGUAUUACGUUUUGGUUUUUUUUUUCGAAGCUUUAAGUUUUUCAUGACUUAUCAAUUCGGAGAAAAGCAUUCAGAUGUAUUCCUUCCAACAGAAAAUCAACGGAGAAAAGGUCAAGAAGUUCAAUUUUUUUGUAAUUCGUAAUUUUCUCUCGCUUCUCUAUGACAAAAAAAAAGAACUUGAAAAAAAAUCGAUUUUCCAUAAAAAUUGAAGAAAGAAAUAAAGGCGCGACUUGCUCCUUUAAUAAAAUUACCCCUCAGGGGCCUCGACCGAGCAAAUCUUUUUUUCUUUCCCUUUUUUUCUCGGCGAAAAUCUGACACUUUUCCUUUCUUCGUCAGCUUUUCCUCUUCUUCUUCGUAAGAGGCUCUUUGAGAUUUUACAAAUUUUCAAUCGCGUUAGACUAACUUUUUCAAUGAACCAAUUUUGGAGUUUGGCUUGAAUUUCGGAUAGAAUGGUCUUGAGAAGAAUCAUAAAAUAGUGUGGGUACGGUUGAACGCUUUCGCUAACUGAAAAUAAAAGUUCCUUCUCAAUUCUCAGAAAUUUCGAAAACUUCACGGGAUAUUGCGUCGGCAUUUCCGGCCCUUUUCCGCUUCGAAAAGCGAUUAUUUUCGACUUUUGAAACUUUUAGAAGGUUCGAAUGUACUAAAAUUCAAAAAUUUAUUCUAUUUUAGAAAUUUUUUUUAGUUUUUCUAAGCCUUGCGUCUCCUUAUCUGUCACGAAAGCUCUUUUUCUUUGUUUUUUCAAAAGAUUUUUCCCAGACUUGUUAAAAAAAUUAGUUUUUCAAGUUUCUAAAUGUUAUUGAUCACCUAAGUAUAUUAUGGGAUUUUUAGUAAUCGAUUUAGAAGUAUAUUUCUUUUUAUUCACAGAUGAAUACUCUAAAAGCUCAAAAAUUCCUUUUUCUAAUUCCAGGAACCUUAUUGAUCGCAACAAUGACCCGUUUGUAGUUUAUAGUAGUCACUGGAGAGAUUUCGACCUCAAAUUUUUCAUCAUUUUCAGAAUAAAAGUCUAUUUUUUCUCUCCAUUCUUUUCGGAGCGAACUCGGUCCCAUGACCCAUUUCCUGUUAUUCUGUCCGCUUAGCCACUUUAUCAGAGUCAAAAAACUUUUUUCUUAAAACUCUGACCAAAAAAUUGUCCGACGUCGUUAGGACUCGAUCCACCGACAGUUGUCCUCUCAUUCAACUCGCUUAGCCACUCAACCAAAGUUCCUCCUUCCACUCAAACAUACUCGAAUAAUGACAAGACAAAGCCUUCCUUGAUUGAUUUGCCGUUGUCGAAACAAAAGAAAAGAGCCGAAAUGCGAGAUUCUUCUGCAACUUUUUUCCUUCUUAUUCUUCUGAAGCCUCGCUAAACCAACAGAAAUGGGCGGAGUUGGACUCGGUGAGCACCAGGAAAAAUGUAGUCUCUGCAAAAAGAUUUGCUCUUGUUCUUCCUCGGGUCCACUCAAUUUAGGCUUUUUUAGGAGAUGGCUCAUGUUCCUUUGAACUUUCUUCCGUUUUCGGGAAAGUCACGCGACUUUUCAGAGGCUUUUUCAGUUCAGAAGCCGGAAAUUGUGGAUUUUUGUAGUCACGCAACUCAUGAGGCUACAAAAAUAUUUAUCCGAAAAAAUUCAUCGAUUUCAAUUUAUUGAAUUUUCUCUUUUUCUCGUGUUUUUCAGAAAAAUAAAAUGUUUUCAAAUUUGAGUCGCAACGAAAAAUUUCAUAAAACCACCAAAAACCGCUCUGAAACAGGAAAAAAAAAAAAUUUUUUAAACAUUUCUCGUUAUUCUCCAUUCCUAAAGAUGUUCAAUGGUUUCAGUUUUUUUUUUAAAUGCACUAUCAUGAUUUCUUUAAUAGAAAAAAGAACCAAAAGGUGGAAUUCGGAAUGGCCAGACGCAUUGCGGUCGCAUCUUUUCUUGGCCUAAAAAUCCUAUAUUUCUUCAACCCCAAAAACGUCAGUCGGAACGGAUUCAUCGGAAUUUUCAUAUUUUUUUAUUUAUUAGACCUUCAGAUUGCUCUGACCGCAUUUGUGCCGCCGUUUUUGGCGCAGAUGUCGUCGUCGACGUCGCCGCCAACGACGUCGCUUACGCCGCUCCGCGACGAGUGCGCCGUCAUCGUGACGUCAUACAACGUCUGCCUUUCCUUUGUAUUUAUUCUAUGUUUCCUGCUCUCGCUGCUGGGCAACGCUGUCGGUGAGUCGAGCUGUCUUCGGACUGAUAGCCUAGUGGGAUGAGACCUUGACUAUGGAAAAAGAGGUCACACGUUCGAUUUUUAUAGUCUGUUCAGAUUUUGAAUGUCAAGUGCAAUGACGUCAUUCAAAAACACUCUGCGGAUGGCUCGCUCUCUGAUUGGUUCAUCGCACCAUUAGGGGCGGAGCUUGAGCGACGACUUGACAUUCAAAAUCUGAAGAGAUUAUAGUGGUCUAUCUGCGGUUUCUUCAUUUUGCUGCUGUCAUUUUAGUCUUUUGAGCUUUUCCUGCGCAUCAAAAGAUCAAAAGUUGAAUCCGAUUUCCGUUUUUCUGCAAUCUUCAGUCUUUUUCUCUUUUCGCGGAAAGACUCUGGACCGGAACCCAAUAAAUUUUAGUCCCAAGAGGAAUCUCUACUUGAGAUUCUUACACGCCUUUGUUUCUAGUCUCAUCCUUCGAAAACAGAGUUUUGAGGAUAGGACAGAACUACGCAAUAGUGAGCAAAAAUAAAGAGAUUUUUUCAGUUAUCAUCACGAUUUUGGGCAAGAGCCACCGGUCGAGGUCCAUCACCAACUUUUACCUGCUCAAUCUGGCUUUUGCCGAUUUACUCAGGUAUUCUGCUGACCUCAUCAAAAUGAAUAAGAUGACGUCAUUUUCAGAAGCGUCGUCUGCAUUCCGACGACGUUGCUCAGCGAGCUGACGCACUGUUGGCUUCUUGGGGCUGCCAUGUGCAAAAUCGUCGCCUUCAUGCAACGUGAGUGACGUCAUCAAAUGAUCAUUUAGAUCAGAGCUGUUCUCGGGGCGGCCCCGGUCGACCGAGGGCGCCCCGAUUUGCGGCGUGUUCGAGGGCGGCCGCGGUCGGCCUUUGGUAAGGGUCAACUCGGUCGACCCGUAGAUACAAAUUUUUUUUUUGACUCCCGAUUUUUUGCGAAUUAUAAGAAAGCGAAAGAAGCGCAAGUUUUACUGAAAUGAAAGUGAAACAAAAAAACAUUUUUUUCGAGCACAUAAAGAAGAAAAACCGAUGAAAUGAGAUAUUAAUCCAAAAAUUCAAUAGUUUUCUAACCAGGGAAUAGUCUCAGCUCACAGUGGGACUUCUGAAAGAGACCAUAUUUUCUAGAUGUAGUUUUUUACGCUGAUUCCAAAUCCGUUUUCAAAAGCUGCCACCGAGGUCUGUGAAAAAAGUUAUGGACCCUCAAAGUCGAAAAUUUCCUAGUCUCCGAUCGAGCUCAUUUUUGGAGGGUAUAUAGGUCUUGUCCCCCUGGCCACAAAAAAACUAUCGAAUUCUUCUCGAAAAAAUUUCGAAGCCAAGAUAUGACCUUUCAAAGCCCCGCCGCACACAAGAGAAUGCGCGCGCGGUGUCCUAUUGCGAUCCGACGGCUGUCGAAGCAACGGCAGCGAGGAGCAGUGGAAAGGCGGCGGACUGGGGAUCACGAGGUCAUAGGUUCGGUGCCCACGCUGUGCAAACUUUUUUUGCAGUUUUUUCUUUUUUGGAUAUUUCCGUGUAAGUGCUCCUUUUGCGAGUUUCGAAACGUAGAAACAUGAAAACACUGCGUUUUGAGCCUAUUCAAACAGCUGGACUUCUUUUUGUCGCAAAUUUUUUUCAUGGAUUUUUUCGUGAUUUUCCAUGUGUUGGAGUGUCAAAAUUUUUCAGAAAAAUUUUUGUUUUUCUUUUGAACGCUGGCUAGACGCAAGUUUUUCAUAACUGCGAUGGUAGAAAACGCAGAAAUUUUUCGGAAUUUUUUUGGCUCCGGUUUUUUUACUUACCACUCUACGAGAAGAAAAACUUUCAAUUUUAUUUCUGGUUGUGGCUGAAAUUCCCGAGGAGGUUUCUUUGAUUCAUAAAUAAAAAAAUUUAGAACAAACUCCCCAAAAAAAUGUUUCGUUCAAUGUAAUUCCUGAAAAUUCAUAGUCAGACGGCAAAAAGACGACGGCAAAAGACGAAAAAAACAUUUUUUUCCUGUGAUCGACAAGCGUAGCCAUGAUGACUUGGGGUUAGACUAUAUUUGGAAAAAGAUAAGAUUUAAAAAAAAGCCAUAAAAAUUUUUCUGAAAAUUUCAAUACUCUAACCUAUGUUCAUACACAUGGAAAAUCACGAAAAAAUCCAUGAAAAAAAUUUGCGACAAAAAGAAGUCCAGCUGUUUGAAUAGGCUCAAAACGCAGUGUUUUCAUGUUUCUACGUUUCGAAACUCGCAAAAGGAGCACUUACACGGAAAUAUCCAAAAAAGAAAAAACUGCAAAAAAAGUUUGCACAGCGUGGGCACCGAACCUAUGACCUCGUGAUCCCCAGUCCGCCGCCUUUCCACUGCUCCUCGCUGCCGUUGCUUUGACAGCCGUCGGAUCGCAAUAGGACACCGCGCGCGCAUUCUCUUGUGUGCGGCGGGGCUUUGAAAGGUCAUAUCUUGGCUUCGAAAUUUUUUCGAGAAGAAUUCGAUAGUUUUUUGUGGCCAGGGUGACAAGACCUAUAUACCCUCCAAAAAUGAGCUCGAUCGGAGACUAGGAAAUUUUCGACUUUGAGGGUCCAUAACUUUUUUCACAGACCUCGGUGGCAGCUUUUGAAAACGGAUUUGGAAUCAGCGUAAAAAACUACAUCUAGAAAAUAUGGUCUCUUUCAGAAGUCCCACUGUGAUCUGAGACCAUUCCCUGGUAAGUGGCCAGAACAAUAUACAGAACUAGAGAAAACAAAAUAAUAAAUAAGAAAAGAAUUUGAAAUUUUUCACAUCAUCAGGAAUUUCAUUUUUCGCAAAAAAAGUUCAUUCAAACCACUAUUUGAAAUAUUAAUUUUUUAUUUACAACGAGAAAAAAACGAAAAAGAUUCGAAAAAAAGUGAAAUCAAAAAAAGCCCGAUUUCUAUCAAAAAAACAAUAAAAUUAAACUUUUUCAUGGAUCAUAAAUAACUUAAACAUUCAUUUUUCAGUAUGAAAAACCGGAAUAAAAAAACAAAAAAAUACGGAAAAAUCCUCGCGCUCGCUUCGGGGGCCUGAAUGAAAACCGCUUCGCGGGCCGGGGCGCUCAGGGGCGCGUCGCGGUCGGGUCGGGGCGGCCUCGGCCAGGGUCGCCCCGACUUGAGAACAGCUCUGAUUUAGAUGAUGUCAUUUGGAAGGAAGCUUCUUAAGAUUCUUGACGUCAUCUCCAUAGCGUAUUUUCAAAAAAUUGUCUUUUUUCGAUGACGUCCCCUCAAAAAUGACGUCAUGUUAUCAAGAAACAGGAGCAAUUCUGAAAAAAAAUAUUAUAUAAUUGUCGCUUUAAACUGGGUUUCAAGUUUAUUCAAAGAUAUUUAUGUCUGAAACUUCAGUUUUUAUGACGUCAUUUCUCUAAUAAUGACGUCAGAAUUUCUAGCCGUCGGCGUCUGCGCCUCGGCCUACACUCUCGCCGUGAUUGCCGUGGAGCGAUAUUAUGCCAUUUGCCGACCUCUUCAAUCCCGAAAAUGGCAUACAAAGGUUAUUUUAUGACGUCAUACAUUUGUUAAAACGUCAUUUUUUUCGUAGAAACGUGCGCUGGUGACAAUAUUCUUGGUCUGGUGCUUCUCAUUUUCAGCCAACUUGGGUAGUCUCUUCGUUUUUGAUGCGGUUCCAAUUGGGUUCGUUUCAUUUCAAAACUUCGGAAAAAGAGAAUUUUUCGGUUGCAGAUCGAAAUAUAAUUGUGAUUCGACGCAGGGAAGGACUGUGGAUUUUGUCUAUCAAUUGUAUUUGACUUUCGUGAGUUCAUUAAUUAUUUUAGUUCGAAAUGAAAAAAAAAAACGUUGUGCUAUUAAAGGCGCAGGGCGUGGCCUGGAGGAUAAUAAAAUGUCGAAAAAAGAUUGUAGUUCUCGGAGCUUGAUUCAAGUUUUUUUUUUGGGUUCUUACACCAUUUUUAGGCUUUUCUAACUUUCUUGAAACUGAGAACUCUGUUUUAAAAAGGUCAUAGAUUUUUAAAUUUCAGGCCUUAUUAUUCGUACCAUUGGCUCUGAUGGUUGGUUUAUACGGAAACGUGAUUUUCACCCUGAACACAGCCAUAAAUAGCGAUCAUCCGACGAUGGAACAGCAACUUAUCGGAUCAGGUUGGUUUGAAAAAAAAACAAGGGCUAAAAAAUAAGGAGUAGAAGGAAAAAAAAGUUUUAGGUCUUCCUGCACGGGCCUCGUUCUCGGAUUGGCUUUUCAACGCCGUCUCGAGGGUGCCGAGCUUGAAAAUCCCUAAAGAGGUACCUUCGAAAUACAGAUGGUCUCUCAGAUUCAAAAAAAACUCUUUGUUGAGCUUUCAAAGCCCAUAAGUAUUUUUGGAGCUGUUCCGAAAUGAAGAAACUUGAGUAUCAUUACAUGCGUUGCGUGUCGCCUCGCGGCUCUCUCUUCCGAUUUCAUACACCUCUUCUUUCAACGAACUAUAAAGCAAAUCGCUCAAAUACCAUCUUUAGAACAGCUUUAAAGCCAGACAGAACCCUCUUUCGAGUUCUUUUUUCGAAGCUCAAAAAUCUUCGCUCCAAUCGAACUUUCGCCGCUGGAAGAGGAAUUAGUAGAAAGAGAUUUUUGAGUCAUGCGAAUUUGGAAUUAAUUAGACCCGCAGCUUUUUUUUCACCCCAUAAAAUUGACAAGACUUUAGCUUCCUUUUUUAGCCGAGAGCCGGAGAUUUUUUUUUCGAGAAGGAAGUUUUUUCUUCGUUUUUAAAUUGGUCUGGUUCGCUACAAUCAUAAUUUAUAGGAGAAAAAGAAUAGAAUUUUCGAUCGAAUUAAAAUCAUAAAAAGCUCAAUCAGGUUAAAAUUCAAUGAUUUGAAAUUAUUUCCCAGGAAAAAGAGAAAAGUUCUCUGGCGAUCCCUCUAAGUAUACGGUCUUCGAGGCCCAGCCGAUCAUUUUCUUCAUUUUUCACGACGCCCCGAGGAUCUAUUGACUCCUCGAUGCUCCUCAGAUCUACGAAUCAAGUGAUUUCUAGCUUAACAAAAAGAUAUGAUUGAAAAAUCCAGGAAAAAAUCCUGAUAGCGAAGAAGAAAGUGACGCGGAUGCUGAUCACUUUAGUGAUCGUUUUCGCGUUUUGUUGGGUACCCUCGUACGUCUGGUGGAUCGCUGUCAGGAUGGCUGAUUUGACGGUAAGGCUUUUGUUUGUAGUUUGAUCUUGAUGAAAUAGAAGUUCUCAGAAAAAAAACUUUUACUCGAAAAAGAGAACGAAAAAUCAAUGGAAAACUUGAAUAUAGUUCGAAAUUUGUAGCGGCCACUCGAUGGAUAUCAGAAAAGCUCCUUUUUUGCUUGGAACUGUUGUUACACUUUAAGAAUAAUCUUUCGAAUCGAGGACCACUUCAAAUGGGAAUCACUGAAGGGAUCCCUCCAAAUUCUUAAAUAAAUCGGUUUUCCGAAUUUUUUUUUAAACUUCAGCUUUUUUGUUGUUUUAAUCAUCAAAAAGGAACUUUAGGGAAAUAAUCUGUGGCACUCGGGCUUGAACUCGGCGCUGACCAUCCUGACGUACGUGUCGUCGUUGGCCAACCCGAUCACCUACUGCUUCAUGAACAAAUCGUUCAGAGCCUCGGUCAUCUCGCACUGUACUUGGUGCGCUGCUGUGAAACGGCCUAGCACGGUUCGUUCUCACUUUUCGAGUUUUUAUUCCAAUGAAAAACAAACGAACAAGAUUUUUGAAAAGACGUUUCGCAAAAAAAGACCGAUAUCUCGAAUUUCAGUGCUCUCCGGUGAUCAAAAAGUCUUCUCGAGAAGUUCUCCCACCGACGCCGCUCCCAAUAAUCAGAGUCAGUGUUUUUUCCAUCAUUCAUUGGAAAAAAGAGUAUUUCAGGUCGAUCUCGCCCUGGACAGCACUAUCCAUAUUUGA